AUGGCAGCGGGGUCGCCUUCGCCAGAGUUCCUAGCCGAGACGAAUGAUCCAGGCCUGGACCAGCGAGUCAGCAUUGCGUUUAUCGUAAUUGAUACAUUUUUUCUGGCGGUGUUCUAUGUGAGUCGGUACUACAACCCCAAGGCGGUGGGGCUGCCGAUGCUGGUGUGUAACACACUGUGCUAUGUGUUAUGUCUGGGGAGCGCUGUGACGGGGAUUUUAAUGACCCAAAUCGGUGGCGUAGGAUACCAUGUCGCGGCUGUGCCAGUAACAACAUUCCAAACAUGGCUGAAGUUGUCCAAGGUCCUCGAAUUUACCUACACACCAGCAGUUAUGUUCGCCAAACUUGCCGCUCUCUUCCUCUACUACCAAGUCUUUGAGGUCACAAGCUACCGUCGCGCCAUCAUUGGCAUCGGCGUGAUCAUCAUCCUUCAAGGCGUAAUAUCCUUCAUCUUGGCAUUCUCGAUUUGUAGACCAUUCCGAUACUUUUGGACGCAGGCAGUAGAUCCAGGCGAUGGAACUUGUGGAGAUGUAAUGCUCUUCUACAAGAGCUACAGCAUUCCGAGUCUGGUCACGGACGUGAUGAUGCUGAUACUCCCGUGGCCGCUUCUGAUCAAACUUCGAAUGCCUCUGUCGGAGAAGAUUGGUCUUUUCCUUACCUUUCUGGCUGCUUCAAUGGGUAUCAUUACCUGUGCCCUCCGCUUCAGUGUCUUCUUUACGACCCCUCUCUUCUCAGACGCAACAUGGUACGCCUCCGGUGGGCCCAUGAUCUACGCCCUCGUCGAACCCUCCAUCUACAUGAUCGCCAGUAUUCUACCCACCACACGCCAUCUCUACCGACGAAUCCACCGAAGAGCGCGAGAGCUACGAAGCUCAGGACACGAUAGCGAACCGAAGCAUAGCAAUCCAGGGGCGCAACUCGAGCGGAUGGAGCCCGGCGACGCCGACGAGCGAGGACAUGCUCAGCAUGUGGACCCUCGGCAGACGCAAACAACAACGACUUCAAGUCAGGAAGAACUGACGUCUGGAGGAUGGCAACAAAAACGACAGGCGUGGAAACAAAGGAGACCGGAGAAGAAAGUGGAUAAGAUCGAGAAGAAGGAAAAGCCUGCUAAGAGUGGUGGAUUCAAGGGACAUGAUGUAUCAACUAUGGAUUCUUCGGGGUCUUGA